UGGGCGGCAGCGGGGCCCGCCCAGCGGGGCUCCGUGAGGACGGUGUGGUGAGGGGCGGCCGAGGGUCCCAGCCCCCCGCCCCCCUCCCGGGGCCGGGAUGUCGCGGGAGGAGCCUGAGGGUCCCGAGCCGGAGGCGGCGGCGGGCGGGAGCCCCUUCCCGGCCGAACUGGGUGGGGACGAGCCCCGCGGCGAGGAGCCGGACAGGCCGUGCGCGGAGCCAGCGCUGGGUCCCCGCUCCUCCCUGUACUUCGCCUCGCUGGACGCCGCCGUGGAGGGGCUGCAGCAGCGGGUGCACGACGUCCUCGGCCGCCUCAACGGCGGCCGCGAGGAAGCGCACACGGAGCUGAGCGGCGUCAGGGACAGCCUGCUGCUGAAGGUAGGCCCGGAGGGGUCCCCUCCCUUCCCCCCACCCCCGGGGCACGGGCAAUCGCGUUAUUCCGCCCGGUUUGGCGGCAGAACCGAGGCAGAGCCCCGGCGUGGAGGCAGCUGCGGAGCCCGGCCGGGGGGAGCCCCCCGAGCCCCGGCGGGGGCGGCCGCAGCUGCCUCCGGCCCCGCUUCCAGCGGCCCCCGAUGUCCCCCCUUGUCCCCACGCUGCCCUCGCUCCGGACUCCGCUCCUGCCCGGGGGGGACCGGCCGGGGGGGGCGUCCCCAGGCCCCCGCGCAGAUGGCGGCCCGGCCUGGCAGCUGCGGCCCGCACUGACCCGGCUCUCGGUGGCCACCUCGACCGGCGCCGCGGCUACCGGGGCGCAGCUGGCGGCGGCCGGGCCAGGCCGGGAGCGGUGCCAGCGCGGGCGGGCGCAGCUGCCCCCCGGCCCCGGGGACGGUGGCCGUGCCAGCGCCGGGACGAGCCGUAGCCCCGCU